AUGGGUGGAUUGGGUAAAACUACCCUUGCCCAGCUUGUUUAUAAUGAUAGGAUGGCUAUGGAUGAAUUUGACAUCAAAGCUUGGGUGUGCGUCUCUGAUGAGUUUGAUGUCCUAAGAGUAACAAAAACAAUUUAUGAGGCAAUCACUAUGUCUAGGGAUGAUACCAACGAUUUAAACGUGCUUCAAAUUAAAUUGAAGCAGCGGUUGAGUCAGAAGAGAUUUCUCAUUGUUUUAGACGACGUGUGGAAUGAAAAUUUUAUGCUAUGGGAGGCCUUGCAAUCACCGUUCAAUCAUGGGGCUCCUGGAAGUAAAAUUAUUCCAACCACUCGCAGUGUAAAGGUUGUUUCAACCAUGCGUUCUUCUAAAAUACAUUCAUUGAAGCCCUUACCAGAAGGAGAUAGUUGGCUUAAGUGAAUACGCAUUCCAUGGUAGAGAUGCUCUUUCUUCAAGCUAUGACCUUGAAGAAAUCGGUAGGAAAAUAAGUAAAAAGUGCAAAGGGUUGCCUUUAGCUUUGAAAGUCAUUGGGAGUCUCUUGUACGCGGAGUUUUCUCAUGUACA